AUGCUGUCUUUUCUGCUCCGCGUUGCCCUCGUGACGAGCUUCCUCUCCGGAGCCUUCGCCCAGACCUUUGAUUUCAGCAGCCUUCCGGAAUGCGCGCAGAAGCCCAUCCUCAACACCAUCGGCAAGAGCAAGUGCGACCCGAGCAGGCUGCAGUGCCUAUGCAACGACGAUGCUAUCAUCAGCAACCUGGCCCCUCUCAUCGCCCAGGCGUGCAGCGGCGAUGAUAUGAUGAGGGCUGUGGCAUCCGCACACGCACUUUGCCCAAAUCUGUCAACUCAGAGCGUGAUAACGGUCACGGACGCGAAGACAACGAUGACGAUCAAUGUCGGCCAGAUGUCCGUUACUCCCACUGCGCCUGUCACGACAGCGAGCGCUUCCGGCGCCGAAGCAAGCGGUUCGGCGUCGGAGUCGGGGUCGGCUGAGCCAACGGCCUCGGGCACCGGUGCCAAUACCACUUCGGACGGCAACAGCACCAGCCCCGAGCAGUUCCACGGCGAUGCGCCGGAAUUCGGGCCUAUGCGCCUGUGGUCGAUGAUCAUCGGAAUUCUGAUAAUGGCCAUGAUAUUUGCAGAGCUGUGA